AUGUCGAAACAAAAUGGGAAUAGUGCUAUUGAUAAUACUCAAGAUUCAAUUCAAUCAAAAUCAACACCUUCUCAACAGAAUUAUACAACAUCAUCGGAUAAUUUGAACACAAUUAAUCAUCAUGAUUUUAUAAUUCAUAUGUUGAAUGAAUGGAUUAAAAACAAUGCUGCUGAAUUUGAUAUUCCAAAUGGGAAAUUAAUUGAGAACGAAGAUUUUCGACUUUCAAUUGGUGGUAAUAAAUCUGAUAUAUCAGCAUCUAUAUUAUGUUCAUGUGGAAUUAAUAUUCAAUUGGGCAGUAUUCAUGGAAACAUUUCCUUGAGUAAUUAUUAUAAACAUUUGAAAUCAAAGAAGUGUAUUAAAAAGAAGAAAAUAUCGAAAUACGUUAAUGAUAAAUCGAACGAAAUUGUCGAGCAAGCAUCGUCUGAUGCUGAAAGACCACAAAGUAAUUCAAUUUCUGAAGAUAUACAAUGUCUAGCAUCAACUAUUUCUAUUGAUAAACCUGCAACCAUGGGUAAAUUAUGUAAACGAACAACUGAUCAAGAUAAUAACAGUUUCUCAAAAAAAAAACGUGUUUGA